UUGAUUACGUACAAGUUGAAACAUACAAUGUGCUGGAUCCAAGACGUGUAAAAAGGAAAGCUACCCACCUUCUUCGAUCAUCACAUCCAAGAAAGAACAACAUGAAACCCCAGAAGAAAUGUUCGAUAUUAUUGACAGAGAUUCUGGGGUUCUUUCUUAUCGUGCGGUUCACCUCCCUAGUUGAAGGCGAAGUGCAUUUCUAUGAUUUUGUUGUAAGGGAGAAAAACUUCACCAAACUGUGUUCAACAAAGAGCAUCUUGGUAGUAAACGAUGGUUUUCCAGGUCCAGAGAUAAGAGUUCACAAAGGAGAUACAGUUUACGUUAAUGUUCAUAACCAAGGAUAUUAUGGUUUCACUAUUCACUGGCAUGGGAUAAAGCAACCAAGAAAUCCGUGGUCAGAUGGUCCAGAGUACAUCACGCAGUGUCCAAUAAUUCCCGGAACAAAUUUCACUAAUGAAAUCUCUUUAUCCACUGAAGAAGGAACUUUAUGGUGGCAUGCUCAUAGUGAUUGGACAAGAGCCACUGUUCAUGGUGCGAUUGUUAUCUUACCAGGUGUUGGAACCACAUUUCCAUUUCCUCAACCGGAUGAAGAUGAGACCAUUAUAAUUGCAUCCUGGUACGAGGGAGAUAUCAAAGAACUAGUUGAUGAGGCUAUGGAUGAUGGUAGCGACUUGCCCCAUUCAGAUGCUUAUACAAUAAAUGGCGAACCAGGAGACUUUUGUCCAUGCUCCAGUGAAACAACAUAUCAUCGAAUGGUUGACUACGGCAAGACCUAUCUUCUUCGUAUAGUCAACGCAAACAUCAACGCAGAACACUUCUUUGCAGUUGCUGAACACAAUCUCACCGUUGUUGGCCUAGACGGAGCCUAUAUAAAACCGAUAGACACAACCUACAUAGUCAUCAGUGCUGGACAGGCGAUGGAUGUCCUCCUCAAAGCAAACCAAUCUCCUGGCCAAUACUAUAUCGCUGCUAGACAAUACUCAAGUGAGGAUCCAGAAGUGACUGGCUUUGACCAUGCGAAUGUUACCGCAAUCCUUGAAUACAGAGGCAACUACACAUAUCAGACAUCUCCUUCCUUUCCAACUACUCUUCCCAUGUACUUGGACUAUGCAGCAGCAAUAAAAUUCACCUCCCGGAUUAAAGGCUUGGCGACCCCCAAAUACCCUACAGAUGUCCCAUUAAAUGUUACUACUAAAAUGUAUAUAACAGUUUCUAUGAAUUAUCUUCCUUGUUCACAUCCUGGCUGUGAAACAACGGAACAAAUCUCUUCAAGUAUGAAUAAUGUUAGCUGGAUUAACCCAACAACAGAUGUCCUUAGAGCCUACUACAGGAACAUAAGUGGGGUUUACACAACGGAUUUUCCAGACCAACCGCCUUCUUAUUAUAACUUCACAGAGGAAACUUUCGUGGAUAAUAUUGUGUUCACUGUCCAAGGGACAAAGGUGAAGUUGUUGAAUUAUAACGAAACAGUUCAAAUUGUGUUCCAAGGGACUAAUGUGAUGAAGGGCUCUGUUAAUCAUCCAAUGCAUAUGCAUGGAUAUAGCUUCUACGUGGUUGGAUCUGGUUAUGGAAAUUAUGACGAUGAGGAUGAUCCAAAGGGGUUUAAUUUUGUUGAUCCUCCUAAAGUAACUACCUUUGGAGUUCCCAAAAAUGGCUGGUUAGCAAUCAGAUUUAUAGCAAAUAAUCCUGGGGUGUGGUUUUGGCACUGUCAUUUUGAUAGACACUUGAGUUGGGGUAUGAACACUGCUUUCAUAGUCAAAAAUGGUGGUACUGCUGAGGCUAGCAUCCGUCGACCCCCAGCUUACAUGCCUCCAUGUGAGCCUCACUUGGAUUCUCGUAUCAAAAACAGUUAUGAGAAUAUUCUAUAAAAAAAACAGAGCAACUAUUAUUUGUGUGUGUGUGUGUGUGUAUAAAUUCAAGGAGCCUUCGCUGUUCAGCACUUCAGUGUGUGCUUGGAUGAAGGUCGUUUCUGUGGGGAUAAGGCUAUGAGUGCGGAUCACGUUUUCUCUCCGGCUCAAGUAGAAGCAUUUGCUAGAGUGGAGGCGUGCAAAUGGUGUUGGAAUGGGGCCUCUCUCCGGUUAGGCCUUCUCGUUCAAGCUGUGCACUCGUUGGACUCCUCCUCCAUUUACCUACGUUCUCUUUAUGGUGAUGUUCUUGCUUUGUAGUCUCAAAUGUGUCCCACCUAGUCGCUCCUCUGUUGAUUGAGGAAGCUUUAAUUAGCACUUUGUUACAUUUCAGGAUGCUAUAUAUAUUUUCGUUUCUUCUAAAAAAAUAAAUAAAUAUAUUUUUUUAAAAAUAAAUAAAUAAAGAGGAGAUCGAAUAAGAAGAACA